AUGGGCAGUAUCGCUGCAGACUCUGAGGAGAUCGUUCCCUUCCAGGUCGACAUACCCCAGGAAGAAGUAGAUCGUCUCCAACGCAAGCUCAAGGACACUCGUCUGCCGCCGAAAGAAAUCGUGCCUGAUGCUAGCAAGAAGUAUGGACCAACGUACGAAUGGGGUGCUCACUUGUACGACCGCUGGGUGAACGAAUUCGACUGGUAUGAGCACCAAGACCGCAUCAACUCUGCACCCCACUUCCUCACUCGGAUUGACGGCAUCAAGACUCACUUCGUUCAUGCCAAGGCAAAACGCUCUGAUGCUAUACCACUGAUCAUGAUCCACGGAUGGCCAGGGUCUUUCUACGAGUUCAACCAAGUUUGGAACGAGCUUGCCAACCCGAAAGAUGACAGCCAGCCGGCCUUUCAUGUUGUGGUGCCUUCGUUGUUCGGGUACGGCUUCUCGGACUGGCCACCACGGGCAGGCUGGACCCUCCAGGAUAGCGCACAUGUCUACGACAAGCUGAUGAAAAAGCUUGGGUACCGCCAAUACUACUUCCACGGCGGCGACUGGGCACACUGGAUCGGCCGCGAGAUGGGGUCCAAGCUCACAGACUCUUGCAAGCUGGUGCACUUCAACUUUGCUCCGUCUCCGUUGCCAGAUGGCGUAGAGUAUACGCAGCGUGAGCAAGAAGUGCAGCAUCGUGUUGACGACUGGCUCGAGAACCACAUGGGCUAUGCUAUCACGAUGCGAACUCGACCUCACACCAUCGGCUUUAGCUUCAACGACAAUCUAAUGGGGAUCCUGAUGUGGGUCGGCGAGAAGUACAAUGAAGCAGCUGGACCUGAAAACCAAAAGAAGCGGUACUGGGACCAUCAUAUCCUCGCCACCGCAAGCAUAUACUACUUCACUGACACGAUCAUGCCGAGUAUGUUGUGCUACUACGAGAACGUGCGGCACGGGGAAUUUGCCAGCUUCGCGAUGAAGCCGGACAAUCGGAUCACUGUGCCAUUUGGAUACACAUCUUUCUACUGGGACACUGCGCCGAGCUCGAAGAGAGCUGUGGAGAGGACAGGCAACUUGGUGUUCUACAAAGAGCGCAACGAUGGAGGACACUAUGCUGCAGCAGAAGAUCCGCAAGGUAUCAUCGAAGAUAUCCGAGCACUCGCAGCAGAACAUUGGCCGAAAUCGUCGUAG